AUGGCUCAACCUGCUGGAUUCCACAACGCUCAAAUGCCGCAUCAUGUUUGCAAGCUGAAUCGUUCCAUAUAUGGCCUCAAACAAGCUCCUAGAGCUUGGUUUGAUAGGCUAUCCACAUGCCUCCUAAACUUUGGAUUUCACUGCUAUCAUUCUGACCCAUCUCUAUUUAUUUUUAAGGAAAACUCUACUCUUUUACUCAUGCUAAUAUAUGUUGAUGAUAUUAUUUUGAUAGGAACAAAUGCAAUCAUAAUGCAACAUCUAAUUACAAAAUUGGGAUUGGAAUUUGCACUUAAAGACCUUGGAGCUCUACACUAUUUCCUUGACAUUGAAGUCCACUCCACUCCACAAGGAAGAAUGCUUACUCAAAGCAAGUACACCAAAGAUGUUCUCCUCAAAGCAAAUAUGUUGUAUGCAUCACACUUCACCCUUAUGGCACUCUCAUCCACAUCGAGUCCAAAUGAUGGUGAUUUAGUAGAUGCCACCACAUACCGUAGCAUUGUAGGGUCGCUCCAGUACCUUACACUCACUCGCCCUGACAUUGUUUAUGCAGUCAACAAAGUGUGUCAACACAUGCAAACUACAACCAUCAAUAACUUCAGGGAUGUUAAAAGAAUUUUGCGUUACCUUAAAGGCACCCUCUCACAUGGUAUCACAUUUCACAAGAAUAGCAACCUUAACCUUUAUGCCUUUUGUGAUGCAGAUUGGGGCGGUUGUCCUUCAACUAGACGAAGUACUACAGGAUAUUGCAUAUUCCUUGAAGCAAAUUGCAUCUCUUGGAGCUCUAAGAAACAACCAACUAUAGCUCGAUCAAGUACUGAAGCAGAAUAUCGUGCAAUGGCUAACACCACAGCGGAACUCACAUGGCUUACAUUUCUCUUCAGAGAUAUUGGCAUACCUCUACAUCGGCCACCUCACUAUUUUGUAACAACCUAA